AUGGACAAAAAACAAAGGCCAACACCGGAAGGAACAGAAAAGGAGAAAGUUUCAGAAACCGAUGGACAAGAAAGCAGUACUGCAAAUGAAAGCAAAGGUGAAGAAAAACAAAAUACACCAAUUGAUUCUGAUGAAGGUAAAUUAAAUGAAGAAAGGAGCACUACAGAAGCUGAACAAGAAACUGCUGCUGCUAUACAGAGAACUGACAGUGCAACACCGCGUGAUGAAGUCAAGGAGACUGCUCAAACCACAGAUGAAAGUGUCAAGGAAACAAAACUCGAGAACCUAAAAGAAGUAGCAAACAGUGGAGAGGACCCUGUCAAACAGGAAGAAGUUGUCAAAGAGGAUACGGAACAAUCAAAUGACAAUACAGAGGCAGAACAAGCCAUAAGUCUAACUAUUAGUGAAACUAUUUCUGAACAUUUAGACUCUGCAAGAGGAGAGGGUAAUGUGGAAAAGCUUGAGAGACCACCUGAAGAGCAAAGGAUAAAUAUGGAAGGUCAAAAAGAUAGUAAAGCAGUCACAAGUGAGACUACCACAGCAAAGGAAGAUGAUAGUCAGCAUGAAAGUUUGGAAAAUACAAAAGACAAAGAAACAACUGAAAGAACAGAAGGAGAUUCGGAUGAUAGGAAGGUAACGUCUGAGCCUGAUGCAAGUACUUCAUCGGAGGAAAAAGCAGACGGUCAGCCAGAGGCAAAAGCAGACGGUCAGCCAGAGGCAAAAGCAGACGGUCAGCCAGAGGCAAAAGCAGGCGGUCAGCCAGAGGCAAAAGCAGACGGUCAGCCAGAGGCAAAAGCAGAAGGUCAGCCAGAGGCAAAAGCAGACGGUCAGCCAGAGGUUAAAGCAGACGGUCAGCCAGACGCAAAAGCAGACGGUCAGCCAGAGGCAAAAGCAGACGGUCAGCCAGAGGCAAAAGCAGACGGUCAGCCAGAGGUUAAAGCAGACGGUCAGCCAGACGCAAAAGCAGACGGUCAGCCAGAAGAAUCACAAAGACCACAGACGAGUGAAAAUGAAGAGACACAACAAGCAGUUGAACCUGAAAAACCUUUGACCCCAACAACAGUUGGCAGCGAUGAACUUGCAAACGUGGCUGAUGACCAAUCGCGUCCACAGACGGGCGAAGCGAACAAUUUACUCUCCCCGUCCCAGAGUUGGACCAACGAUGGGAGUGUUCCGAUUCCCGCGCAAAGCGUCAGCCCGCGGUUAGAAUCCGGUCUGGACACGGCGCUACCGGACGAUCCACAGACCGGUCGCGCCGAGUCCGCCAUGACAGAUAGCAGCUUUUUCUCAGUGACUCCCUUUGAGAUGAGGCCAUACGUCCCCACCCCCACCCCAGACAUCAUACAGGACUACAAGAUCCCCACCCCCGAGGUUCCCACCACCCCUGCCCUGAGUGAAGGGAUGAGUCGUCAGCUCAGGAGGAGUUCGGAAUUGCUGUCGUCCAGGGAAAGUGAACGGGCCGCGCUGGACAGUCAAGAUGCCAAGAGGUUUGAUCUGACAGGAGAGGGGAUCGAUGAGGAAGAAGAAGAAGUAGAGAUCACAGAGGAGAAGCAUAACGUGUCUCCUGAGCCAUCAGAAGUGUUUACGACAGCUGUGAGUGAGGAGACUAUACAGGAGGCUAUGGGCAGACAACACCAGCAGGUGGGGGAGGGGGUGCUGGGGAUGUGGGGACACCUCGCUAAGGAACCGUUCGGAGACGUCAUCGGGACCAAGUCUCUAGAACAUUAUUACCGAGGAAUCCAGUGUGCCAAAGACGGGAAGUUUGAAGAAGCUCUCGUGGCGUUUUCCAAAGCCAUCAACCUCCGACCUCAAGACGCCGACUCUUACGUGCAGCGAGGCGAAAUCUACCUGUGGAUGUGCGACUUCCAGUCCGCCAUCUUGAACUACAAGAAGGCGUGCACUAUCCGCAUCAACUCCUCGGAGCUGUACUCACGACUUGCCUUUAUAUACUACUUCCAGGGUCAAACAUUUUUCGACCAACAGUUGUAUGCAGAGGCGCUGGAAUCUUUCACCAGAGCAGCAGAGAUCAGACCGGAUGUUAUAGGAUACCACACCAGAAGUGUGGCCUGUCUGGCUGCCCUGCAUCGUUACGGGGAGUGUCUGGCACUCGUCAAUCAAAGACUGGAGGAGGAACGUGACAACGCUGACCUGUACGUCAUGAGAGCCAGGCUGCACGAGCUCUUCAGAAAUUCGACCCUGUGUUACUAUGAUGUGAAGGAUGCCCUAGCCCUGGAUCCUGACCAGCCUGAGGCCCAGGCUAUGUUUGCCAAACUGGAGAAGAAGGCGGAGAACUACCACAACCACGCCUGUCAGCUGUCCAUCAACGGCAAGAGUAACGAAGCUCUGCAGAAAAUCUCCAUGGCGAUCGAGACCAACCCCUCCAUUCCAGAGUUCCAUGUUCUAAGAGGUGCCACACACCGUCGUCUGGGUGACUUCAACUCAGCCAUCGAUGACUACCUGCUGGCCCUGGACAAGACUGACCACAACGAGCAGGACCCUACGUACAUGGAGGGGCAGCGACAACUGCUCCUGACGUACAACGACUUCGCGGUGGAGUGUUUCCAGAAGGGAUUCUACGACGAGGCUAUCAUUCUGUUGAACAAAGCCAUCAAGGGAGAAAAGAGGGAGAAAGGAUUGUACAUCAACAGAGGAGAUUGUUUCUUCAGACAAGGAGAUCUUCACUUUGCCCUGGCGGACUAUCACCAGGCCCUGGAGCUGGACCCUGAGGACUGGGCGGUCAGGUCCAGGAUAGCCGUCGUACACAGCGAGUUCGGCGUGCUCGACUACGAAGAGAGAAACUACCAGGAGUCGGAGACUCGAUUCAGUCUGGCCAUCCAGAACAACCCCAAGGUCGCACGUUUCUAUGUCUACAGGGCACGGGCCAGGUACAUGAUGGAGAACAUACGCGGAGCGCGGGAAGACAUCCUGAUGUCGCUGCACCUGGACCCAAGCAGCGAUGAGAUCCUGUCCAUCCUGUCCCGCCUGUUCCCGGGGAAGAGCGUCGGGGAAGUGAUGAAGAGCAAAGCUGCGAAGGCUGCCAAGCUGACGCUGGACCAGAUGUUGUACAUGGCUGCUGCACCCUCACACAGGCUGCCUCCUGUCGACAGAAGCCAGUCUGCACCUGAACUGUCUCUGGCUGUUGACUCAUCAGCCGACACCACAGACAAGGGCAUACAGGUGUCGGAAGAACCUUACACGACAAAAGACACUCCAAAGAAGAAGAAGACCCUCGUCAAAGGCCCCUUCUCUGGGUCAAAAGUCAAGAGGAUCCCUAUCCUCCCAGACCUGAAAAUGUGCAUGGAAGAGAGAGACUUUCAUAUGCAGAUAGCAAAGGGCAAGAAAAAGAUCACUGUGGGUCUGAAGAAGGUGUUGAAGGAAAGGAAGACCCUGAAGUACAAGGGUGCACGUUUGAGACGUCUUCCUCCACCAACCAGGACAAAGAGUGCAGAGAGCGAUGAACCGUCCAUAUCCCAGUGGAGAAACAUCCAGCCUAAAGUCGGCCUGGGGCUACUAGACGGAUAAACAUGCUAAAAAAAUGCUAAAACAGCAAAUUGAUUGAACAUACGUUGAGAGAAAUAGUUUGUAUUAUUAUCAUGAUGAUAGCUUUUGGUAUGGUGACUGUAAACAUAAAGUGAAUUACACACAAUGACAGUGAGCCAAAAUAGGUUGUCACCCAAGCAGUUUGUACAGUUGUAUAGGUCCAGAUUUCUAUUCCUCAAAGUUUAUAACUUGGUAUAAAAAAAAGCAGUUUCCAUGAAUUG